GGCGACACGUGUCACAUUACCCUUCUAAAAGUAUGGUGACAACUUCCACUACCCGCUUUGCGAUUUCCACAAAUUUAGCUCUCUUUCCCCUCCUGCAAAAAUGGCUGUAGCUCAAAUCUGCGCCUCACUCUCCCUUUCAAUCAGAGAUGCAAGUGGAAUUAGCUCAGCAGCAGGUCCUGCUCGGCUUCCCCAUUUUAAUUCCGGUAGAAUUGGGACGACCUUUGCUUCUGGUUCUCCACUCAUUAUUAAAAGAGCAUACCAACAUAGGAAUGCUGCAUGUAAAUCGAUGCCAAUUUCCAUAAGGUGUGAGCAAAGCACCAAGGAGGGAGGUUUGGAUGUAUGGCUUGGCCGGCUCGCCAUGAUUGGCUUUGCUGUGGCUAUUGGCGUUGAGGUAUCAACCGGAAAGGGACUUCUGGAGAACUUUGGGCUUACAAGCCCCCAACCUACAGCUGCCUUGGGUGUUACAGCAUUGGUGGGAGUUUUGACAGCAGUUUUCAUCUUCCAGUCCGGCUCAGAAAAGUGAACACAGUUUCGGUUGCUUGGAAGUGGUUGUAUGGUUUGUAAUACUGACAUGUAUUCCAAAUUCAACACUAGUUCAUCACUGUAAUUUUGUCAGAGUGCCAACACUUUCGGCGAUACUUGAGGUUAAGGAUGUAUUAUAAUUGAUCCAUCUCAAUGAUGACAUGCUCCCUAAAGCAAAAUUAACUUUCUCAU